UUUGUUAUAGGUAAAAUGUUGGAUUGGAUCUAUUGACGCGGUUCUUCGCCAACAGAUAAUUAUACGAAUAAACGGGAUGGAUUAGUGCUAAAUAGUGAACCGUAAUAUGUAAAUAUUUAUAUUCCAAACUGGCGAAAUUAGUAUGGUGGGAAGGUAUACUCCUUUCCUUUUAGGUGGUUCGAAUGUUAAAAUCUCUCUAGUCCACCAGUCUAUAUUAUUGAUAUCUCUUGAGUAUUCCUUACAGAGUGUUUCUUUACUAUCAAAACGUCAACCCCUUGCAACGCCCAGGGUCUCCAUAUUUAUAGGGAGAGGAUAUCUGAGUGUUGGUAAAGGGGGUCAUCCCGUGACCUUCUUACCCAUCAUGUCACCUCUGUGACACUUAUGAUUAAUUCCUAAAACCUGACAAUGAAGUGUUGUCUAAUCAAUAGGCAAGGGGGAUAAUGGGCCGCAUGGCCCAAACCAGUCGUGGGGUGCCUGAACACGCACGUUUAUGCUGCGUGUCGGAGAAUUCAGGAAUGGAGUAGACACGUGAUGUCUGAUAUGCGCACGUUUACAUUGCGUGACUGACUUCACAAAUGGUCGGGGGUGCCAGAUCUAUGGCGCACCUCGAGCUUGAUGUAGUGCCAGCUCGUGAUAUCCAUAUUGCUGACUCGUUGCCUUCGAAUAUACUUGCUAACUCUUUUGAUUAGCUUGGGCUGAAGAGGUGGAGACUCGUAACAGGAGCUCCGGGUAGACGGUUUCCACGUGGCGGGUUGAAUUAUGCCAUUUUCCAGCUCGCUAAUAACUCUUGGAUAUUUAGGGUGUACAUUUGCCCCCCAAGCCCCUGCUCGUGACACGUGAUGUCAUCUGUGGCCACACUGGGGGCUUUUAGGCUUCUUUUUCUACUCUUCAUGUCCCGCCCAUUGCGCUGGUAUCAGACACGUGGAGCAUCGUGGUUGGCGACGGUCCGGCUUCCGAGAAUCGCAUUAAAUGGCCUAGCCUAUCUUCGGCCGUCGUUUCGUCUUUCGAGUUGACACCCUCGUAUCUCGCAUUAAGGCGAUCGAACGGUCCUCACUCCUUUGCCUUUUACGUAUAUAUAAGGUUGGGCACCUUUCGCAUGAGCCACCCUUUAUUUGAAAUUUUUUUCCUUAUCUUCUCUCUUCUUUAGCCUCAGAAGCCUUUUUCCUUCUGGUUAUCGUUCCAGAGCUCUCUACGUUCCAGACACAAGGGUUUCUCCAUGACUCCAGUUCUAAAGGCUCCACCAGGAUUCUGACUCCUACGCCUUUUGCGAUUUUCACACAGCAAAAACUCUGUAAGUCCUCUGCCUGUUGUACGUUUAGAUGUUUCCGUUUCUCUUGUUAGGUAAACUUCUUUCUUAGUUGCACACUGUAGUUUGUUUUUUCCUUUUGGCUGGUGUUUUGUGCGUAUGUUUUUAUCCUAGGGGUAUCGAUCAUAUGAGAAUAUGUUUAGGAAUGUGAUGCAUAUGACAAGAUAAUUCUGGGGUGACUUUUCUGGGUAACUUUUUGGAAUGCCUGUUUGGAGAGGGGAAGGCGAUAGGUUUCUGGGGUGCAAAAUUGGGUAGCUUAGGGGUCACGCUUCCCAGGCGGUUUUGCUUUUUGAAACUUUCCCUCCAAGGCAAGCAUUAUCUUGACCCUCCUGACACACGGAUCCCGAGCAAUCGGGGACCCGUUGGGAACACAGUCGCGUGUUCAUAGAACCGCGUGGCCUCACGCACCGCGGGCUGAGAUUACCUUAGCCCGUGUAAGGAAAAUCAUUUCUCGCGCUAGAUUCCCUUUCCUAUUUUUAGGUCGCCUUUCUAAACUUUCUUCAUCUUUUUUCGCUAGGCGACCAGAUGGGACCCAGGAAGAAUAUGCCCAAAAAGAGCGCCGUCGGCUCGUCAUCCCAGCAGGCCAGCAAAGGGAAGGAGGUGGUAGCGGACUCCCCAAUCCCCCACUUCGGUCCCACCGUGGAGAAAGAGGUCGAGGUGGGACCUGACGCCUUCUUCGAGGCCGAGAGGAUAGUCUCAAAGGUUACAACUCAGAGGAAGGUCAACAAGAUCCUGCUAUCCCAUAACAUCGAAAUAGGGAUAGGCGCUCUUGUUGCCCGACCUCCCCUUGAGGGUGAGCGGAGCUGCACACCGCUCGACAAGGAGUUCGCGGCCUGGAGUGACGAACACCUCAAGGCCGGGGCCUUUCUACCUUUGGACCAGUACUUCGCGGACUUUCUGAACCUUGUGAAGCUGGCCCCCUUUCAACUCCCCCCUAACUCCUACCACCUGUUAGCGGGGCUGAGGUAUCUGUUCCUGAAGCAGGAAUGGGAGGUCCCUACACCGGCGGACAUUCUUUAUUUCUUUCGCCUCAAAGCCAGCCCGGAUCAACGGGGCGAGGCGACGGGUUCUAUUACUUGACCCGUUUUCCUAACUCUGCCGCAGUGAUCGAGCUGCCCAGCCACCCCAACGACUUCAAGGACCAGUUCUUUAUGUCGACGGGGUUACGCAACUGCGAACACCACUACUUCAACCGUCCUCAUAAGUUCUUUCUAUCCUUAACUCGCAAAAUCGUCGCUGACUUGUUUCUUUCCAUGCGCAUUGACUUGAAUACCAUCGUGCAACUAUUUUUGCGAGGACGGCUAAAUCGGUGACCCUCGGGGGUUAAUAUGAAACUUUGGCGGGGCUCCCUCCAAGCGAAAAAGACUACCGCCAACUCGUGUCUGAUGAGACGAUGCUGGCGUGUAAGCUAAUUUCUCCAGGCUAGACCCUGGCCUUGAGGAGGUCGCGGACCGUCCCAGCAGCUCGCGAAAUGGCGCCCAUCUCGGAGGGGGGUGCUGUGGAUGGCGACGAGCAGGACGAGGAAGACGAGGUGUCGCUCGUGCGUCGGAAGCGGGCUCUUGAGAUCGCCCAGGGGGUCGACGCGGAGCGGAUCCAGUCCGGGGCAGCAGCCGGCCCCUCCUGCCAAGGUAACCCAUACUUGUUUAAGGACUUAGACAGGGCUGCUGCAGACCUACGGCUUGCUAGGUUUAACCCCAGCCAACUCGUACAUCGUCAUCAAAAUGACUUAGACCGUAACAUAACUCUACUCCAGUGCGUUGAUCAACUAGUGUUGCGCCAUGACAUGGGCCGCCCUAGGGGCACUGUAGUAGUAGACAAUGCCCUGGCUUUUAGGUCAGCCUUUUUUGAGGAGUAUGAGACCAACCUUAGGUCGUGACCCUCCCUUCUGGAGGGUGUAGUAGCUUCGGGGCUUAGGCAGUAUGUAGAGGAGUCCAGUCCUGAGGCGGAUCCAGACCCAGAGCCCCUUUCAUUCGUGAAGUUAUAAUCUUAGACUCCCCCGUAGAAGCUCCACGGCCGGAGGUCGUGGCAAUAGAUUCCUCCUCUAGCUCGGAGGGCGAGGAGAUGUCACAGCCUGGGGACAACGUCCUGCGAUCCAUUUUCCAGGGGGGGAAUCCUUCCUCCGGGUCGUCUGGACCAUUGGUAAAGAAGCCUCGGCUGACCAAGAAAACUCCCCCUCCCAGGACCACCUCCAAGUCUCCCGCCAAGGGGAAGGGCCAGGCUCCUCCCGCCGCAGAUAAGAUGCCCCUACCUCCCCCGCGACCUCCGGUCUCUAACUGGGAACUGGAGGUACCAACUGGGACCUUGCCAGCUCUGACUCCCACUGUGCGCAUCCCGGUCAACACUCAGGCCCUGGAGAAAAUCCCCGAGGCCUUUCGAGGGACGGUUUACGAAAUCGCGACCUAUAUGGUGGAUCAUUGCUACAAUGCCACCCCAAGGGACUUGCGGGAGAUUGAGACGAGGAGCCUCGAGAACGUUAUGGAGUCUUCACUGGGGAUAACCCUCACGGCGGCUUUGGCUCUACACCGAAGCAUAGCUCGGUCCAAGGCCAGGUUUGACGAGGUCAAGGGCGAGUUCCAGACUACUCAGGCUGCUCUCGCGUCUGCUCAACAACAAGAGCGAGAUGCCAAGGCUGCCCUGAUGGCUGCCAGGGAAAGCGAGAAGGUCACGCAGGCCGCCUUGGUCGCUGCGCAGGCUGAUCUGGAGGCAAACCGGGCUAAGCUACUGGAGGCUGAGGCUACACAGGUUGCCUUGGAUGCUACGAAGGUCGAGCUUGAGGAGGCCAAGGCCGCCCUUGUGGCAGAGAGGGCAUCUUCCAGCUCCUCCAUGGAGGCCAUGCUUUACCAUUGUUGGGCCUUCAACCAGGAUGGUGAUUUUUCCUUCCUAGCACCGGAGGUGUGGGAGCCCUUCCUCGAGAAGUUUAAGGCUCGACUUCAACAAGAGGCACCCUCUGAGACUGGGGAGACUUCCGCUGCAGUCGAGCAGGAUGCCGAAGGGGUGACUUUGUCGGAGCGGCCUGAAGGGGCCUAGGACUUUUGAUCCUUUUCUCUUUUUUAUUUUUUAUUUGUAAUCUUCUACCACGAGGUUUUUUCUCCUCGAGACAAUGGGUUUCCCCAGAUUUCACUUUAAUCUAUUUUUUUACCUUUAUUGUUACUCAUUUUCAACGUAUUUGGUAAGA